AGUAUAUAGACUCGGACCCUGGGUAUCACGACUAUUGGGCCCAGACAGUGGCCCGGACAGCGGCCCACAUAUGUUCAGUAGAUAGCAUUUAUUUCCUUGUACACUACAUUUAUUCAUAUGUACCCAUUAAAAUAGAUUAGAUACUAUUUAUUAGCCAUUUAUUGGCCUUUUGUUGUAACUGGGCCAGCCAGGCCCAAACCUGGAAGCCCAACCCUCUUUUCUCCUAUAAAUACUCCCUAUGGGAGCCAUGUAAAGGGGGGAUGAUUGAAUGGUUGAUUGGAAUUCACUAUACACAUAUCACUUUAUCUCUCUAGCUCUCCCUUCUCUCUAGAAUUAAUUAAUCUAUCAUUUGGUGCUUUCAUUGAGAGUUAGAACGGAUGAAGUGAGAUCCUUCAAACCAAGAAAGCAAUACUUACGACGCGGUACCGCUACGGCCCUUGUUACUGCAACAUAGUCCAUCCAUCAUUAAGGAGCAAAAUGAUACAACGGUUCAACUCCGAACAAAAUAAAAGGAAGUUGGUAGGGCCCUCCAUCCGAGAUGGUAUGGAUGGUUUUGCACAGUGACCUGGGUCUCGCCCCACCUCGGCCAAAGGGAAGGACGGGUUACCCCAUGGCCAGGCUGCUGACGGCUACAGCCUACUCCCCCGAAAGAGCUUCUUCGGCCACUGCCAUUGCCUAGGCUAAAAGGUCCUUCGUCCAAUCAGCACCCCUCGGCUAGCUAUGUGAGUUCUGAGACCGUAGCUUCUCGGCCGGAUGGUGGAACGGCUAGGUGGCUCCACAGCCCGCCCAGCUCAAGCAUGGGAAAGGGGAAUCGCAGUCCCCUCGGCCAAAGAAAGCUCCUUCGGCGCCCCUCGUCCGCAGCGGUCCCCGUUUGAUGCCACACAUCGGCCAAGCACCACCACGGCUCGAUGACCGACCCCCUCGGCCAAAGGAAGCUCUUCGGUCAAACCUGAACGUAAGGGAGGAAGUGGCCGUCGCCCCUCGUCCGUGAAAUAGGCAGUGGUGCUCCGCAUCGGCCAAGUAGUCCUGCACCCCUCGUCCUCAAGGCUCUGGCAGCCCUCGUCCCUGGGAACAACAAAUCCCAACCAAGUAGAGGAGUGGGUCACUUCGGCCAGGUAACCCGCAGGCUUGGUGGCUUCUCUUCGGCCAAAGAGAGGCAAGCCACACCCUUCGGCAAAAGAAGCUCCCCGACGCCCCUCGUCCGGUAACUCCGUCAAACCCGAAUAGAACAAGCAGUGGUGCUCCACAUCGGCCGGCAACACAUCGGCCGGCAACCGUCGGCCCGCGACCGCAUCGGCCGGCACGCAUCGGCCGAACAACAAGGAAAAUAAACUGCCCCUCGGACAAACGCUCCUACCUUGGUCAAGCCCCAACAAAGAAGCAAAGAAAAGCCGGUGACAGCCCCUCGUCCAAUGACCGGCUGAGUAGUGAACCAUCGAGCACUCCGGCCAAACAAUGAAAGAGCACCUCCCAACUCUGCCAAGCGGGAUGGACCCUCUCCCUCGAGCAGCAGGUGGUUAUUGGUUAUUCGUCGGCCAAGCGAGAGAAGAACCCAUCGGUUCGAAUGAAGUUGACGCAGUCUCUUCGGCCACGGAGGGCCCCAAAGCUAGUCACAAUCUUAUCAAUAACGGCCCAUCUCGGCUCGCCUAUGCAGAAUAGAACAGGGCAACCCAUCGGCCGGCAACCCAUCGGCCGGCAACCCAUCGGCCGUCACACAUCGGCCAGAGUCCAUCGGCCAGUGUCCAUCGGCCAGAACCCAUCUGCCGGUAAUAUCAUCGGCCGGCCUCACAUCUUGUCUCCACGACGGCUGAUACGGCUGGACCUCCUCGUCCACAAUGGACUCUAGCAGAUACGGCGGGACCUCCUCGUCUCUGUUUCACGCUCCUCCCUGCGAACAAGCUUCCAGAGUUCCAGAUAUUAAAGGGAGUGGGCUAACAUAUGGGCCAGCCUAUUAAUCACAAAGGGUGGAUUCUCAGAGAGCACGCCCAACCGAUUAUAUUUCCCUGCUGGCAUUCUAAGCAGCGCAGGCUUCGGCCCAAAUACAAGUAAGUGUUACAAACUUUUCCUCCUAUUUUAUGCAUUAAAUAUGGAGCAAAAUAGUUUUACCACUAUUCAAAAAAAAUAUAGUUUUACUACUAUUCCGAAAAAAUAGUUUUACUACUAUUCCAAAGAAAAAAAGAAAACAAUAAUAAUAAUUGCUACUAUUAUUAUUAUCUUCACCACCAUUGCUAGCGGAUUGAAAUCCCCAAUUGGUGCGGGCCAAAGCCUUAACCUUCCGAACAUCUUUAUUUGAUGAUUCGGAUCAUAUUUGGGUCCAUUGACCUACCAUGGUCAUCUUUAUUUGAUGACCCGGGCAUCUAGAAUGAGAGCCAUCAACGGCCGCACACGACAUUAUGCCUAGAAGCGGUACACCUCAUUCCCCUACACGCUAAUUGCGUCAUCCAAAAGCCGUUGCAAUAAACAACGCACCUAAAGCCGUCGCAAUAAACGACGCACCCAAAGCCGUUGCAAUAAACAACGCACUCAAAGCCGUUGCAAUAAACAACGCACCUAAAGCCGUCGCAAUAAAUGACGCACCCAAAGCUGUUGCAAUACACAACGCACCUAAGGCCGUUGCGAUCCACAACGCGCCUACAAAGCCGUUGCAAUAAACAACGCACCUAAAUAUCGUAUCGGCGCGAGCGGUGAAACACCCAAAUCGGCCGGCGAUAUGCAGGACGAAGGACCUGUGUGCAUGGUCCAACGUCUUCAAACGGAGAAGCAUACCGCGUCGUCCGCGCGGAAACCGCAGGACGACAGGCCUGAAUUAAGGCUGAGGUUACAAAAACUCCACCCGUCAGUAAAAUUUCGCUCAGGACCACAAAGGGCGGCCGUCAAAAGACGAUGCCUAGUCCGGUCCCUCGUCGCCGAUAGACGUGGAAAGGCAAAAAAGGAUGCCACUGACACACCAAGCCGAGGGUGUAUUUACUCCCUCGCACUAACACACGCGAAAAGCGUAGCGGACAAAAUACCGCACAUGGACGAAGGGACAGUAACCCUUCGGCCAUCCAAAAAAAAAAAAAAAAAAAAAAGAGGGAAGCCGACGGACCGCGCACUUACCGGCCUCGAGCAAUAAAAAUAAAUAAAUUCCCCAAACUUAUUAUUCAUCUCAAGACCGGCUCCCAAUGCCGAAGCUCUUGCUCCAUCAGCUUAUGAACGGCCUCCCCAACGCCGUCAUACUUUCCUAUGACGAUCGGCUCAUCAUCGCCUCGUCAUCAUCCGGAUCGGCUCAUCAUCAUCGCCAUCCGUUCUUCACGAUCGGCCCCUCGGCCACGACGUGAUGCUUUAUCUCAAGACCGGCCUCCUUAGCGCCAAGUGUCUUGAGCUAGCGACCGGGCUCGCCAUUCCCCUCCUGGAUGGCGACCGUCGCUUCCUAUGACGAUCGGCUCAUCACCGCCUCGUCAUCAUUAUUCGGAUUGGCUCAUCAUCAUCGCCAUCCGCACAUCACGACCGGCCUCCCAGCCUUGGCGUGAUUAUUUCUUCUCAGAGACCGGCUUCUCAUCGCCAAGUGUCCUGAGCUAGCGACAGGGCUCAUCAUCCCUUCCUGGAUGGUGACCGUCGCCUUUAUAUGACGAUCGGCUCAUCUCCGCCUCGUCAUCAUUAUUCGGAUUGGCUCAUCAUCAUCGCCAUCCGCACAUCACGACCGGCCUCCCAGCCUUGGCGUGAUUAUUUCUUCUCAGAGACCGGCUUCUCAUCGCCAAGUGUCCUGAGCUAGCGACAGGGCUCAUCAUCCCUUCCUGGAUGGUGACCGUCGCCUUUAUAUGACGAUCGGCUCAUCUCCGCCUCGUCAUCAUUAUUCGGAUUGGCUCAUCAUCAUCGCCAUCCGCACAUCACGACCGGCCUCCCAGCCUUGGCGUGAUUAUUUCUUCUCAGAGACCGGCUUCUCAUCGCCAAGUGUCCUGAGCUAGCGACAGGGCUCAUCAUCCCUUCUUGGAUGGUGACCGUCGUCUGUAUAUGACGAUCGGCUCAUCAGCACCUCGUCAUCAGUAUUCGGAUCGGCUCAUCAUCAUCGCCAUCCGCACAUCACGGUCGGUCCCCCGGCCUCGACGUGAUGAUCUAGCUCAAGACCGGCUCCCUCAGCGCCAAGUGUCUUGAGCUAGCGACCGGGCUUGCUGUUCCCUUCCGGGAUAGCAACCGUCGCCUUUAUAUGACGAUCGGCCUUCACACCACCUCGUCAUCAUAUAUUGGACCGGCUCAUUAUCGCUGUCGUCCUCACAUCGCGUCCGGCCUCUCGGCUAAGGCGUGAUACCUUAUCUCAAGACCGGUCUUAGUCAUCCCUUCCCGGAUGGCGACCGUUGCUUGGAUCUUCGGAUCGGCUCAUCAUCAUCGCCAUCCGCACAUCACGGUCGGCCCCCCGGCCUCGACGUGAUGAUUUAGCUCAAGACCGGCUCCCUCAGCACCAAGUGUCUUGAGCUAGCGAUCGGGCUUGCUGUUCCCUUCCGGGAUAGCAACCGUCGCCUUUAUAUGACGAUCGGCCUUCACAUCGCCUCGUCAUCAUAUGUUGGACCGGCUCAUUAUCGCCGUCGUCCUCACAUCACGUCCGGCCUCUCGGCUAAGGCGUGAUACCUUAUCUCAAGACCGGUCUUAGUCAUCCCUUCCCGGAUGGCGACCGUUGCUUGGAUCUUCGGAUCGGCUCAUCAUCAUCGCCAUCCGCACAUCACGAUCGGCCCCCCGGCCUCGACGUGAUGAUCUAGCUCAAGACCGGCUCCCUUAGCGCCAAGUGUCUUGAGCUAGCGACUGGGCUUGCUAUUCCCUUCCGGGAUAGCAACCGUCGCCUCUACAUGACGAUCGGCUCAUCUCCGCCUCGUCAUCAUUAUUAUUCGGAUCGGCUCAUCAUCAUCGCCAUCCGCACAUCACGACCGGCCUCCCAGCCUUGGUGUGAUUAUUCCUUCUCAAGACCGGCUUCUCAUCGCCAAGUGUCUUGAGUUGGCAAUCGGGCUCGCCGUCCCUUCCUGGAUGGUGACCGUUGCCUCUACAUGACAAUCGGCCUUAUCAUUGCCUCGUCAUCAUAUCUCGGACAUGCUCCUCAGCAUCUUUGUCCUCACAUCAUGAUCGGGCCCUUCGGCCACGACGUAAUGCUUUAUCUCAAGACCGGCUCCCUCAGCGCCGAGUGUCUUGAUCUAGCGAUUGGGCUUGCUAUUCCCUUCCGGGAUAGCAACCGUCGCCUCUACAUGACGAUUGGCCUAUCACUGCCUCGUCAUCAUACAUUGGACCAGCUUAUCAUAGUCGUCGUCCUUGCAUCGCGGCCGGCCUCUCGGCCAAGGCGCGGUACCUUAUAUCAAGACUGGUCUUAUCCAUUCCUUUACUGGGUGGCGACCAUUGCAUGGAUUUUUGGGUCGGCCCCUCAGUGCUGAUACCCUCACAUCAUGGCAGGCCCUCGGCCUCGACGUGAUCAUAUUCCCCAUGACCGGUGUCAGUCAUUCCUUCAUCGGAUGGCGACCGUUGCUUGGACGUUUGGCUCAGCCUCAUAGUGCUGAUGACCUCGCAUCACGAUUGGCCCCCCGGCCUCGACGUGAUGCCCUAUCUCAACACCGGCUUCAUCAGCGCCAAGUGUGUUGAGCUAGCGAUCGGGCUCCCCAUCCCUUCCUGGAUGGCGACCGUCGCCACUACAUGACGACCGGCUCAUCUCUGCCUCGUCAUCAUUAUUCAGAUCGGCUACCCAUUAUCGCCAUCCUUAUAUCACGACCGCCGCCCCGGCCUCGGCGUGAUGAUCUAUCUCAACACCGGCUUCAUCAGCGCCGAGUGUGUUGAGCUAGCGAUCAGGCUCGCCAUCCCUUCCUGGAUGGUGACUAUCGCCCCUACAUGGCGACCGGCUUAUCAUCGCCUCGUCAUUGUUAUUUUGGAUCGGCUCCUUAUCACGGCCGUCCUCACAUCACGAUCGGCCCCUAGGCCACGAUGUGAUGUCCUAUCUCCGAGACCGGCCUCUCAUUGCCGAAUGUCUUCGGUUAGCGAUCGGGCUCGCCAUCCCCUCCUAGAUGGCGACCGUCGCCUCUAUACGAUGAUCGGCUCAGCAUUGCCUCGUCAUCGUAUCAUCAGACAGGCGUCCCACGCCCCGUCCUCAUAUUCAGACAGGCAUCCAACGCCUCGUCCUCAUAUUCAGACAGGCGUCCAACGCCUCGUCCUCAUAUUCAGACAGGCGUCCAACGCCUCGUCCGCAUAUAUUCAGACAGGCGCCCAACGCCUCGUCCUCACAUUCAGACAGGCGUCCAACGCCUCGUCCUCAUAUUCAGACAGGCGCCCAGCGCCUCAUCCUCAUAUUCAGACAGGCGUCCAACGCCUCGUCCUCAUGUUCGGAUCUAGCAAACAUCUUGCGGUCUCCGGCUCAGAGACUAAAGGAUCUCAAAUCUCAUCUAUAGGCCCCUCGGCCACAUCUUGCUCUAGCAUCUUUAUUUGAUGACGAAGGGCUCUCAUACAGGCCCAUCGGCCAUAUAUCUUGCUCCGUCAUCUUUAUUUGAUAACGAGAAGCUCAUCUAUAGGCCCCUCGGCCAUAUACCGCUCUGUCAUCUUUAUUUGAUGACGAAGAGCUCAUCUACAGGCCCAUCGGCCAUAUACCGCUCUGUCAUCUUUAUUUGAUGACGAAGAGCUCAUCUACAGGCCCAUCGGCCAUAUAUUAUUCUGUCAUCUUUAUUUGAUGACGAAGAGCUCAUCUACAGGCCCAUCGGCCAUAUAUUAUUCUGUCAUCUUUGUUUGAUGACGAAGAGCUCAUCUACAGGCCCAUCGGCCACAUAUCGUUCUGUCAUCUUUAUUUGAUGACGAGGAACUCAUCUAUAGGCCUCUGAGCCAUAUCUCGCCCCGUCGUCUUUAUUUGACGACGUGGAGCUCUUAUGCAGGCCCCUUGGCCAUACAUCGCCCCGUCGUCUUUAUUUGACGUUGUGGAGCUCUUAUCCAGGCCCCUCGGCCACACAUCGCCCCUUCGUCUUUAUUUGACGACGUGGAGCUCUCAUAUAUGCCUCUCGGCCACUACUCCCAGUCAUCUUUAUUUGAUGACGUGGAGCUCACAUCGGCCCAUCGACCUCAUAUUCUGGUCAUCUUUAUUUGAUGAACCAGACAUCAUAUUAUGGACGGUCGCUCGACCAAUCCCUUAGUCAUCUUUAUUUGAUGACUAGGACUACUGAUCAUGACGAGCUACCCACAUCUAUGGAUCGGCCUCUGCCAUCCCCUCGGCAGACGGACACCGCUGCAGCUCCACCUCUAGGCCGAAGGGCUCGCACCUUUUGUUUCGUUCUGGGGGCAUCCGGUGUACUCUUUUUCCCUCAUUAGGAUUUUUUCCCACAGGGUUUUUCCUAAUGAGGUUUUUAACGAGGCAUCUCCCCAUUGUGGAUCAAAAGGUGUCAACCCUCGGCCCCCUGUUGCAGACAUCAUCAGACAUGCAUUACUCUACUCCUCUUCACCUCGUGACACUCGCCUCAAGGAGUGGGGGACUGGGAGAGCGGGGGACUUAGCGCCUUCGCUACCAAAGAAGCAGAAAUUCAAAUUUUUUUGCAAGGAUUGCCACUCGCACCGACGACAUCAUCAUAUCACAUACAUAUUCAGCUGCCACAUCGGCCAGUACAUAUACAUAGCUCCCCGGCCUCAGGACCGGUGGUGAUGGUCUCUGGCCUGCGACCUUCGGCUGAGGAUUUUCCCACAGGGUUGCCUCAGCCAGGGCUCACCAGUGGGAUCGGAUCAUCGGCUUGGGAAUCCGGGCGAGGCGCUUCGACGACGACAGCAGUUUACUCACCGGACGACGACAGAUCAGCACACAGUUCUACUCUCUUUCGCCUCGAGUACUCUCGACUCAGAGAGUGGGGGACUCCUGAUAGAGUAUAUAGACUCGGACCCUGGGUAUCACGACUAUUGGGCCCAGACAGUGGCCCGGACAGCGGCCCACAUAUGUUCAGUAGAUAGCAUUUAUUUCCUUGUACACUACAUUUAUUCAUAUGUACCCAUUAAAAUAGAUUAGAUACUAUUUAUUAGCCAUUUAUUGGCCUUUUGUUGUAACUGGGCCAGCCAGGCCCAAGCCUGGAAGCCCAACCCUCUUUUCUCCUAUAAAUACUCCCUAUGGGAGCCAUGUAAAGGGGGGAUGAUUGAAUGGUUGAUUGGAAUUCAC